AAUCGAAUGCAACAACUCUGGAUCUCUUAAGAACUCUCAAACUCGUGAAGUAAAGUACAAAACUUAAAAACAGUCUACUCUGGAUAUCUCUGGUCUCUAUACUAUUUUCAAAAAGAGGAAACAGAAAGGCAGAAGAACACCGGGAACUCAUUAUCCAGGAAAUCCUUUCACUUUCCUCUCAAGCUUGCAAUAUAUUUCUUCUGAAAACAUCUAUUACUCUUCAUUGCAGAGAGAAGAGGAGAGAAAGAAAGGACAAAUAUCCUAAUGUCUACUCCCUCCUAGGAUCACAGAUCUUGAAUGGACAUGAACAUACCAUUAUGUGACUAAAGUUAAAGCAUUUGCAAACAAGUUCUUCCUGAUUUAGCCUGAAGAGGAGAAGGAUCAAGAGGUGACAGAUGGCUGGCUUCAAGACUUUGAAGGAAUGUCAUGUGGAAUAGAGAUUUGAUAUAUUUUCUAGCAAAAUGCCAUCUUCCUUCUACAUAGUUUUCAUAGCUGUUGGACUUCAUGCUACUGUUCUUUGUUUUCCUGGUACUGAGCAUGAAGGUAAAGGUAAUGAAGUCAACCAUUCUCUCACAAGGAACUCAACCUUCUAUAAGAUGUCCACCAAUAAUGCCGACUUUGCAUUCAACUUAUAUAGGCAGCUGGUCUUAGAGAACACUGGGAAGAAUGUUUUCUUCUCUCCAGUGAGUGUGUCCUCAGCCUUUGCUAUGAUGUCCCUUGGGGCCCGAUCAGAUACAAAGACUCAGAUCCUAGAGUGUCUGGGCUUCAACCUUACAGAGAUGAAAGAAGAGGAAAUCCACCAGGGUUUCCACCACCUUAUCAACACCCUGAAUCUCCCUAACAAGGAACUUGAAUUGAAGGCAGGAAAUGCCCUCUUCAUCCAAAAGCAGGUGAAAAUUCUCACCCAGUUCACAGCUGAUGUCCAGAAGCUAUAUGAUUCAGAGGUCUUUUCUACUGACUUCUCAAAUGUUUCAGCAGCUGAACAGAUGAUCAAUAAUUACGUGAAGAAGAAGACCAAGGGGAAAAUUAUAGACUUGAUCAAAGAUCUUGUACCUAAUACUUAUAUGAUCCUAGUGAACUUUAUUUUCUUUAAAGCCAAAUGGAAGAAACCUUUUGAUCCUCUGGAAACCAAGCAAAAUGGCAACUUUUACCUAAGCCAGUCAGAUGUGAUAAAAGUUUCCUUCAUGCAUCAAACGGAAGAACACUUUUACUUUGUGGAUAAGAUAUUGAACUGCACUGUGCUUCAGAUGGACUACAGUAAAAAUGCACUGGCCAUUUUUGUCCUUCCUGACCAAGGCCAGAUGAAGCCACUGGAGGACACUCUAAUGUCAACAACCCUGAGGAGAUGGAACGACUUGCUCCAGAAAGGGCUAGUAAACUUGUAUGUUCCAAAGUUUUCCAUUUCUGCCUCAUACAACCUGGAAACCAUCCUCCCAGGAAUGGGAAUUCAAGAUGCUUUCACUAACCAGGCAGAUUUUUCUGGCAUCUCAGAGCAUUGCAGACUGAAGAUUUCAAAUGUGGUUCACAAAGCUGCGUUAGAUGUUGGAGAAAGGGGCACUGAGGCUGCAGCUACCACAGAGAUAAAGACGGAACUCCGGUCAGGCUUAGUUCACCCCGGUGCUUUGAUUAUUUUCAAUCGGCCCUUCCUGAUGAUGAUUUUGGAUAAAGUCACUCGAAGCAUUCUCUUUCUAGGAAAAGUGAUGGAGCCAAUGAAAAUGUAGUUGUGUAACUGCUACUGGUGAACUGCCUAUCAUUAUUAAAAUGGAAAA